AUGGUGCAUUCCAAGAGGAAGCGCAAUUCCACAAGAACCAACCCGAACAAACGAUCACGAUACACCGACUCGAGCGCAGGCGAACCCAGCAACGAGAGCGAUACCCUGUGGGCGGCAGAGUGCAUCCUCGACGAGCUCGUCAUCCGUGGCGUACGAAAGUACUACAUUCAAUGGAAAGGCAUUGAUCCAGACACUGGGAAGGCGUGGGAACCAACCUGGGAGCCAGAAGAGAACGCGAACGACUUGCUCGUCGCUCAUUGGGAGCAAGAGAAAGCGCGAGACUUGGAACAAGUACGCCAAAUACCACGAGGAAGCAACAGAGGACAGUCUACGCAACGGCAAGACGAUCAAGAAUCGAGGCGCAUUCGCAAUUCCCGCGUCGUUGACAGUAGCCCAGAGCCCACAACCCGUUCCUCUACGCCUUCGAUACCCCUCAACAAUCGAGUCGGCUCGGAAAGCUUACCCAGCGCCACAGCGUCGGCAGCCCGCCCCUCACCUCGCAUUCAGAUUGCCCGACGUGGUAGCAGUCUCGAGAGGGACGAAUACAAACCCUUCUCCCAGAUAGCAUCGCCUGGGCCUGGUUCGACUCAAUCACAUAUUGAGGACACCGAUCUUGAUAACUCACAGCUGUUCGCUGCACGUCCACGACCCCAUUCCUCAGGCAUAGUCCCAGAUUCGCAAAGUUCCAUCGGUGAAGGGAGCUUCAUACCCAUCACUCAGCAUACCGAAGACACCAGUCAGCAAAGCACAGAUACAAACGAGUCGCAUGUUGAGAAAGAAAUUGUUGAAGACUCCGGCCUACUUGAACUGAUCGAAGAAGCCGCACAACACGCCGUGUCACCUACACGAUCGAUUCCUGAGACCAUCCCCGAUACCACUGCAGCAGAUUCGCAGAGCCAGCGGCAGAGGCUUGAGGCAGAGUCACGAGGUGCUCCGGAGACACUUAGAUUUGUGUAUACCCCGUCACAGGUGGACCAGUUGGCGAGUCAAGAGUUUGAUGAUAACGUGCAUAUCCAACACAGCAAGGACGCUCGCGGUCUUGUACAAGUCGAACAUCGAAGGGAAGACGCCAACGAGCUUGAGGCACGACAGUCAGAUUACCUUGUCUCGGAGACUCGCCCAACACAAGCCGCGCGCGAGACCACCUCAAACCAGGAAGAUAGCACACAGAGCGAGCAUUCUCCUCUGAACCCAGUGUCUGCGGACGUUGCAGGAAACGCUUCGACGGAUUUUGUAGACACCGCGGAAAUCCCACUCUCACUGAAUAAAUCGAUCACACUAGUUGACAACAGCCAACCUAACCAUCCCGAAAGAGGCGACGUAACUAACGAUACACAAGUCGCAAUCGGCAGCGUUGACGAGGCGCCGCAACAUCAGACAUCUCAGCAAAUCGGCGUUCACGACAGUCAGCCAAGUCUGACUGAACACUCGCUAUUGGAAGACAACGAUCAGUUCCCCUUCCAGUCCCAGCAUCCGUUUCCACGAUCCCAGCCUUCAGAAGCAGAACCUCGCAUUGCUAUUCAGGAGCAGCUUGAACCUACUUGCGCGACACUAGUGGGUCAUCCAGAACAAGUGCUCGCUGGGGUUAGUGCGCCAAGCUUGACCUUUCCAGUGCCGUUGCCGGCGCCAUCUCACCAAUCAAUACAAGCGUCAUCACAGCUCCAUCACCAAGUUCACGACGACGCGUUAGUGGAAUCUCUGGGACCUGAAUCCGCUUGCAACCAAGAUUCCCUGCCAUCACACCAACUCCAAACAGCCCUGACUAUUUAUGCUCAGUUGCUCCACACUUCCGCUAGCCCAGAACGCGAGCAGAACGCGCAAGUGCUACCUCUCGAGGCAUAUUUAAGCACCCAAGACGACACAGUUGAGAGUAUACGGCCUACUGUCGAGAAAGAGUCGGCGCAUCGGGCUAGCUCUGAGUCCCGUCACGACUCAUCACAGGAGACGCCAGAACCGUCUUCAAGCUCGCUGGAUCACGAGACCUCGCCAGUCCCUUACCCACCCAGCUGUUCCCUGAAAGCGCAAGAAUCCAGAUUUCCAUCACGGCCUUGCACGCCUGUGCCGACAUCAUCAGUAUCCAUCAUGGCGGGUGAAAACACGGGAGACAUCGUCAGGCGACAAAUGGCAGAGGCGCUAGCUAAGCGCCUGGCAGAGAAUCCACCGAAUAGAAGACAUCUUAACAGGUCGUCGAACACACCUUCGGUAGCAGGCGAUGGGACGGCAGCUACUCCUACACCGUUGAGCAGACUACGGACAAACGAGCCGCCAGAAGGCACUCGAUCACCUUCUGCCAUACCCGAUCGCUCGCCUAUUGCGCAAACACCAACGUCACUAAGAAACAUUGCAUAUGCACCCAUGAAUGCACCCUUAGAAUCGUCGCCGUUGGACAAGGUCAUGCCUUCACCGCCAGAAGCUCGCCCCGGACGUUCUAUCGCUGAAGUAUCAAUGCUGUCUGAACCGAUCGCACCAGUACCAACGUCCCCAGCUUCCGACGAAAUGGAUGUCAGUGAUGCAGACGACGAAGAUAGCGACAGUCUAUUCAACGACGACUUACAGUUAGCCGAUCAAGAGUUUAUUGUGCCGUUGUUUAUACAGGGCCGACAAAGCGACACAUACGCCCAAUACAUCUCGUCUAGGAAGGACUUAUUGGAGCGCUUUCUCAAAGAUCCCCGCAGUGUGAGCCCGAUCGAUGAGGUGAAGAAUAUCUUAUCCCAACUCCGGGCUAUUGAAACACACAUAGACUUAGUCUUCGCUGAAGCAGAGACGGAAGACUUAAAUGAUGAGGCUUCAUUGACGCAAGCUGAACACGCCGCUCGGUUUGGCAUGGAAAACUCUACCAAGUUCAGAUUCCUGGCCAGGCUCUUCCAGGAAUUGCGGAACUCCGAGCCGCGGAAACACGUUGUUUUAGCAAUGGAGCGGGAUAAUGAGACACUCUUCCGGAUCAUUGAGACGUUCUGCAAGGCAAACUUUAUCAACUACGCCAUGCCUGGUAAAGAUCGAAAAGUAGACUGCAAAGAGGCCCAGGGUAGCUUACUGGUCACCGUCAUAUCGAGUGAUGCAUCGCCCGUCAUACAAGCUCCAGAUCUUAUUGUCUGCCUCGAUGGCGUGCAAGACGCGACACAAAUUCGGAAGAAGAACUGGGCAAAUUCUCCCGACCGAGAUGUGGUGCCAGUGAUCCAUUUAGUCAUUCCAAGGACCGUCGGCCACCUUGAGCGAUAUGUAGCAUCAAGCCUAGAUCCAAUAGAGCGCAUGCAUACUAUCCUGGCAAGUCUGGCGCAUGUUCGCCCAGACAUUGGAAAAGCUAUCGACGAUCGAACGCCGCGAGACGUUGAAUGCGCUUCGGCAGUCGCGAACUGGAUCGAAAACAUAAUGGAAGGUGCUGAUUGGCCAUUACCAUCUAUCGGUAGCGUCAAGGACGUUAUCGAGUAUCAGACGCAGUUGUCGCAACCAUCGACAGAUACUCCCGUACCUGAGCGUACCAAACGUCCUCUGGAUGAUGAGGAGCUUGACCCCGCGAAGCGUAUGCGCUUCACCCCUCAACCACAAACAACAUCUGCUACUGUUGUAGAAAAAGGGCAUGAAGUCACGCAUAUUAGCGACUCCAUGCCUGGAACUGCAGCUCCUGAGCCUGAUGCGCAAAGACUGCUAGCACCCGUGGACGAAACGUUUCGAGAGGUGCGAGAAGCCCAUAGGGCAGAACAGAGACACUUUCGUGAAAGCGAGGUAAUGUGGGACAAACAACAAGGGAAGCACGAAGAUCUUGCCCGUGAUUACCGUGUUCAAAAGGGAAAACUGCAGACUGCAGAGACUAAAGUAGAGACAUUGACCAGGAAUAUCGCUACACUCACCGAACGUCUCACAACACGUACCACAGAAAUGCGCGAGCUAGAUAAGCAGCUACAUGAACAGCGAGCCACACAUCUCCUCACACCUGAUGCACAAAUCGCUGAGAUUACUAAGCUUCGCAAAGAGCUUGCUGAAGCACGCGAGGAGAAAGACAAAGCAAUGAAGAAAGCUUCGACGGCAGAAGAGACGCUCGAAUAUAUAAGGGGAUCCUACCAAGACGCGCAAAACGCUGCUUCUACUAGUGUUGCCCGUGUCAAGGACCUUGAAGAAGAAGUGAAAAAACUUUCAUCAGCAGCUUCAGGCGAAGCAACGAAGCGAAAGGGCAUGCAUCUUAAUCAAAACUAUGAUCGACAGGCGAAGCAAAUCGCGAAACUAGAGGCUCAGCUGGGUAUUUUCAAGCGUACGUUGCAGAGCAAAGAAGAGGAAAUCCUUCGUCUGAAGAGUGUGGGCAGACCGGGCGUCGGCACUAGGGGCACGAGUGCAACACCUCAACCCAAGACCAGAAGUAGAGCUGCUAGUCCCACUUUCAUGGGUGGCAGGGUGUCGAACCUGAGGAAUAGCUAG